AUGGGGUAUUGUUUGCUGAAUGAGCUUGAUGAUGAGGUUGCUUUUUCUGCAACAGGUGCUACGAAAAUUUAUGUUAAUCUUGAAAUGGAAUAUGUUGCCACUUUGAUUGAAAGGUUUUCGUCUGUUUCCAAUGAUGUGCAAAUUAUCCAAGCUCAGCCUGUUAAUGAUAUUCCAUUAGAAGAACAAAUAUUUGAGCAUGUAGUUGCUGUUAGAGGGACAAUUAUAGAUGUGGAUAAUUUCUUUGGUUGGUAUUAUGUUUCAUGCAACAUAUGCAGCAAAAAAGUUAUCCCUGAUGAUGUGUACAUUUGUGAUGCUUGUAAUAAGGAAUGCAAGUUUCCUUUGGUCAAGUAUAAGAUACAUUUGAAGGUGUCAGAUAAAACAGCAGUUUCUACUUUUGUGCUGUUUAAUGUGGUUGCUGAGAAGUUACUAGAUACAUCAGCUCAUAAAUUAUUCAAUAGACAGUCUCGAAGCAAUACUGAUCUCCCUGCUCAGAUUCAUGGGCUUUCUGAGAUGAAUUAUGUGUUCAAGUUAAAGCUGAACAACUAUUAUUUGAAAGAAGGAUUGGAGAAUUAUUGUGUUUCAAGGAUAUUUCUACCUAAUAAGACAUUGAAAAUGCAAUAUAAGUCUAAAAAAUUUGAGCAGGCUUUGAAAGAGACUGAAAAAUUUGAGAAGAGUGAGCUUUGCAGAUUCAUGGAAACUACUGUUGAGGAAGAACCGGCUGUUAAUCUGGAAGAUUCUGAAGAAGAUGUUUUGAUUUUGGAUAAUUUAAAAGGAAGAAAAAAGAGGAAGAAGAUUGUACAUGAAGAUGGGUCGGAUGAUGAUGACAAGAGUGCUGGGAAACAGAAGCUUCAGUCGACAUAUUUAUAA